CUCACCACUAGAGGAAGAACCUCUCUGUCUUCCUCUAUCCUACAUUAUUGUUGUGGCUCCCCACGUUCCACAACCCUCCUUCCUCUUUUGAACUGCCCCCAGCGAAUACCCAGUUCCUCCUUCCUUUCUUCAACCCCAGAAACCAGGGAACACAACCCUGCAAGUGAUUCUAGUCAGGUACCAAUGUUCAACAACUCAACCCACUUCCUCCUCCUUCUCCUCUUCGUCGCCGGCGUUGCCCUCAUUGCUCCGGCCAUCGCCACCGACCACAUUGUGGGGGCUAACCGUGGAUGGAACCCGGGGAUCAACUACACCCUCUGGGCUAACAACCACACUUUCUAUGUUGGUGACUAUAUCUCUUUUAGGUACCAAAAGAACCAGUACAAUGUGUUUAUGGUCAACCAAACUGGGUAUGACAACUGCACCCUGGACAGCGCAGUAGGGAACUGGACCAGUGGCAAGGACUUCAUACUCUUCAAUGAUUCAGGGAGAUACUACUUCAUUUGCGGCAACGGCCAGUGCUCCAAUGGGAUGAAAGUUACUGUGGUCGUCCAUCCUCUGCUCACACCAACAGCUUCUCCAUCUGCCAAGAAUUCUUCGUCAAACUCCCCUGGCCUGGUGGCUCCCCGACUGGGAUUUCGUGUUCUGGUGGCAUCCUUGGCAGUGAUGUGGUUUGGAGGUGCUUGGGUCUAGUGCUUGUGCCUGCGGUUUGUGUUGGUGAAGCUGUGUAAGUGUACAAUUUAUUCUUUCGUUUUUUGUUCUUAGAUUUAUGGUCUUCUCUGCUUGUGUUGUAUGUUCUAUGGAUAUUUAUCUUAUUUGUUUUGGUUGAACUCUCUUAGACAUAUAUAACAAUAUAUUUUACUACA